AUGUCGAAAGAUUUACUUAGCCAUAUUGGCAUGUUUGAGCAGGAUUUCGAUCUUGCAACUAUUGCAAGGUACACAAAGGUCUUGUACUUCUUCUCCGUACUUAUACAGUAUGUGAUAUUUUAUCAUGUAGUAUCCUUUCUCGUUGAUCUAGUGGGCCCCUUUUUUCCUGAGGCUACACUUGGAGUGAAGAGAGCGGUGGCUGCAGGAUUCUGGGACCUAUGCAUCUACAUUCUAGUAAGUUCAACUACACAUUUAUUCAUCAGUUUGAUUGCAUUGGGCAACUUUUUUUUUUUUUUGUUGUUCUUCUAG